UGCGGAAGUUCUUUCAUCCGCGCUGCACAGAAGGGGCUUCGCCCUCGAGAUUAGCUAUUCUCGUCCCAAGUUUUCGCUUGGACGAAGGCAAAAGAGGUGGAACUUCUUCACUCUGUGUUUUAACUCGAAUUCUGUCGUUCGCUACAAGUUAGCGCCCAUUACCGUCGGGUAAUGGCAAGGCCAAGCCACAGUGAGCAUGUCCUGCAGCAGCUCAACAACCAAAGGGAAUGGGGUUUCCUCUGUGACUGCUGUAUUGCCAUAGGGGACAUUUAUUUCAGGGCCCACAAGGCCGUGCUGGCAGCCUGCAGCUCGUACUUCAGAAUGAUGUUCAUCCGGGAUCAGCAGGGGACUGCGCGGUUUGAUCUCAGCAACAUGCAGAUCAGCGCAGAGUGCUUCGAUCUCAUCCUGCAGCUCAUGUACCUUGGCCGAAUCGUUGUGGAUCACUAUGAGUUUGAGGAGCUGAAAUCAUCUAUGGCCUACCUACAAAUGUACUACAUCCCAGACUCACUCGAGGACCUCAGAGACAUCCGAACAUCCAAUCUGACACCUUCGUCAUCUGCGUCGUCCUCUUCGUCGUCCAGUUCCUCGUCCUCAUCCAGCGUGGUUGGAGGCAAGAUGAUGUUUGGCGUUCGAAUGUUUGAGCAGCAGCGGCCAAGCCCUUCUGAGAAUGAACGCACAGCAAAAGCCUCAACCACAACUGCUCGUCAAACCAUUAACAUCUCAACUGUCAGGCCUGCUGAAGAUGUGGUCAUACCACACCCUCCGCCACACUCAGAGACCGUUGCAGACCAGCCGUGCGACUUGAGGAAGAGAACUUCAGGCCGAAGCUCUGCCAUGAAAGAACGUCCUCGGUUUGGACGCACAUACACAUGCGACGAUUGCGGCUUUGUGUUCAGCUGUGAAAAGCUGCUCAUCGAACACAUCCUCACAUGCACCAAUCGCAAAGCUUUCCAGACGCCCAAAGUUGGCAAAGAGGGUUACGGUGACUCUGGCAAAGCUGAGAGUUCGAACUCAGAGGGUACAGAUGAACACAGAGCAGUUUGCAAGGGUGAAGAGGACUGGCCAGACCACAAGCCAGAUGCAGAGACCGUGAUCAGGUCCGUCGCCACUGGCAUGGACAGCGAAACUGCCUUUUCCAGGAAUAUAACCAUUAAAGUGGAACGAGACGAUGAUUCCGAGAAUGAUUUGGAAACUAUAAAAGUUGUGAAGGUAGGGAACCAUAACGUAGGGAGCUGCAAAGUUCGUACCAGGGCAUACAAAGACAAUCUUGCAGACCAGAUAAAGUUUGACAGCGAGGAAGAGGCUGGAGUAUCCGCCAUGGAUGCUUUGGAGGGCCAAAGCACAGGGUUGGAAACGGAUCCAAAGAUGCACCGGAUCAAAGAGGAAAAGCAAGAUGGUGCGUGCAUUCCAUGUGAGUUGUGCGGAGCUCUGUUGACGGAGGAAGAUCAGUCUGCUCAUUACAUCUCCAACCACAUGGGACAUAUCUGCGCCUGUGGAAGGUGCGGCCAAGUUCUCAUUAAAGGCAGGCAGCUGCAGGAGCACGCCGAGCGCUGUGGUGAACCCCAAGGGGCCGAGACGGACUCCCCAGGUGAGGAUUCGCUUCUGCUUGAAGAUGCCGAGGCUAUGGAAGAAAGCUUGUUGGAAGGAGCCGACCUUGGCUUUCGCUGUCCACUCUGUGGGUUAAUAUUUGAAAGUGAAAGUCUUGCAGUGGAGCAUACGUUGUCUUGUCCAGAACAGGAGCCCUUCCGGCCCGUCCUGUUGGACGACGGCGGCGAGCCAGACCAUCGGCGCAAGCAUUUCUGUGCAAUUUGCGGCAAAGGCUUUUACCAAAGGUGUCACCUAAGGGAGCACUACACCGUGCACACCAAGGAAAAGCAGUUCACGUGUCAGACCUGCGGGAAACAGUUUCUGCGCGAAAGACAGCUACGGUUGCACACUGACAUGCACAAGGGAAUGGCACGGUACGUCUGCCCCGUGUGCGACCAGGGUACGUUCCUUAAACACGAUCAUGUGCGACACAUGAUCUCUCACCUAUCUGCCGGAGAGACUAUCUGCCAGGUGUGUUUCCAGAUUUUCCCAAGCGGCGAGCAUCUGGAGAAGCACAUGGAUGUGCAUCUGUACAUCUGCGGCGUUUGCGGAGAGAAGUUCCGCCUCCGGAAAGACAUGCGGAGCCACUACAACUCCAAGCACACCAAGAGACAAUGAGAGACCUCUCUCUGCAAUCUUUGAAUCUUUGAAAUAAGCCAUACUGUAAAUGUGAGAACAAAUCUAUGCACUUAGACACCAAUUGUAACCUUUUACAACUGCACUUUCUAUGUGUAUGCAAAUUCUUGAUGUGUUGCUCAAUGUUUUUGGUGGGAUAUAGUGCCUCAAGCUUUUGUUUUCAUUUUCUUCUACUUAAAGAUGGAUAUCCAGGCACUGGUUAAGUCUAGAUAUCGACUAAAUCACACUAUCAGUGGAGUUUGCUAUAUAGGUUUGUAGUUAUGAAACUGGCCCAUGGCUAAUAGUUUUACAUCCAAUAAAUAAUAUCUGUUCAUGAAGCUUUAAUGAUGGUGCACAUUGGCUCGUUAAAGUUUAAAGUUUACCAACAUUUUAACUUUAGUAUUUAAGAUAACAUUUCUCAAAGGGGUGGGGUUUUUUGUUUUGUUUUGUUGUUAUUGGUGGUGCUUUUUUUCAGAGAUUCAAGCACAUAAUAGCUACCAUUUCAUCAUUAUUUCAAGUAGCUCUGGUGUCGUUACCUGUCAUAAUCCUCCAUAUUCAAUUGCCCUUAAAGAGACAGUUUAGCCAAAUGAAAAUUCUGUCGUCAUUUAGUUCCUAACCUAUGUGACUUUCUUCCAUCUGUGGUAUCACAUAAGCAGACACUUUUCAAAAUAUCUUUUUUUACAGACUGCUUUUGUCAGCAGGGUCUAAUCUUGUUUUGGACUCCACUGACUUUCAUUGUGAUGAUGAUGAUGAUGAAAACCGUUAAAACAUAGUUCAGAAUAUCUUCUGUGUUCUGCAAAAGAAAGAAAGUCAUACAGGUUUGGAACAACACUAGAGUAAGUGAUGACAGAAUUUUCAUUUUAGGCUAACCAUCCCUUUAAAGCGGAGAGAUAAUAAAAGGAGAAUAGAUUGCUAAUAGUAUGUGGACACUUUUCUUUCCUUGCACCAGAACACUAAAAAUAUUGUAAAAAGCAAAGAAAAAACACUUUUGUUGAUGCCUUUCAGCUAGUUGUACAUGCUUAAUCAUCACUCAUACAAAACCCAGGAAUCUAUGCAAACUGUUGUAAAUUCAACCCUAAUUUAGUGUGCAUUCACAGAGUUGAUGUGAACAGAGUUUCAUGGAGUAAAACAACAUUUAUUGUGUGUAGUUAUUUCAGCAUCCCAAAGAUGUUCAUGUAAUAUUCAUAUAAAUGGAUUUAUAAAAUCUCCCAGUUUGUACACAAGCUGCAGUAUCUGUUUAUAAUAAGGACUAUGUGACUAUUGUUCAGAGCAAUCGAGCUAUGUGAUUUCAUUUAGGGUCCAGCUAAAGCUUAAAUAGGCUUAUAAGUUUUUAACAUUUCAAAUAUUUCACACCUUGUUGAAUUAUUGUAGCUUGAUGUGAAGUAUGUGGAAAUGCCAUAUAAUGCUUGCACAAGGGUGUAGGGUAAAUUAUUACAUGUUUGAAUUAAUAAACAAGCACUUCGGCAAUCGUUAUCUUGUCUGAAAUAUCCUGUGAAAUAGCCAGGUUGGUUUGGUUUUGUGUUUUUAAAGUUUAAUUACAUGGUGUUCAUACAGGCCAGAGAGAUGAUUUUUGGAGAUGUGAUCAUACAGAUUAAUCUAGUGAAUGAUUGGAUUAAGAGCAGGCAGUCUGGCUAAACUUUGGACAGUUGGUGCUCCGCUUAUGUUUGAAAUAAGUUGCCACAUUGAAGUAAACUGGCCUAUUCAAGUUAACGCAACUUAAUGACUUAAUGGAUUGUGUAAAAGUAUAUCAAGACAGUGGGUUUUAUGCAGCUCACAUGUAUUCUUCAUCGGUAGUUACAUUUGUGAGGGAUUAUCAGACAAAUAGAUUUAUUAUUAAGGACCAAAGCAAGCAAAUAAUAUUAAUUUACAGACAAACAGCUCAAACAUUUGCACUGGCUUUUCAGCAGUGUAUUUGGGUUGUGUUGUGAUCUAAACAUGUUGUGGUUGAAAAAUUUCAAAGGAAUUUAUGCAAAUACUGUUUUUUGUUCAUAUUUUAAAAAUGUCCUUCAGUGUUUCAUAUGUUCUUGGAUUUAAAAAGAAAAAUAAAAGUUUAAAAAUG